AUGAUUUCAGGUGAUAAUACAGAUGUUCAGAUAGAUGUUUUUGUCAGACCAUUUGGAUGUGAAACUAAGCAAGCUCUUACAGCAAUUGUUCAGAUUGAUGAAGCAACUUCAAGGCCUAUCCAAUCUGUAAUGUUUAUCAAUUCAAAAAAGAUCCCUAAAACAGCCCAAUCAGCAACUACAGAUGAUUCCAGAGUCUUUUGGUCUCUUGUACAUGAAACAUUGCAUGCAAUCGGAAUUUCUUCAAUAUUAUUUCCAAAAUUCCAUCCAACAACAAGCAAUGAUCCAUAUUCUAAUAGCAAUACUUUUCGUUCAGGAAAAAGGAAUUUCCUAAUUACACCUAACGCACAUACUUUUGCAAUAAACCAUUACGAUAGAAACACUCUUUCAAUUAAUGGAGAAAGUUUUGCUUCAGGUAUUGAGUUAGAUACAUUUCCUGAAUCAACAAGUUCUCAUCCCAACAUUCGACGCUAUUUAUAA